AUGAGGAGCUCCCUGUACAUAGUGGCGCUGUGUGCGCUGGUGGCGGCCCGCGCCGCGCCCGCGCCCGACGCGGCACCCGAGCCCGCGCCGCAACCCGCGCCGCAGCCCGCCGCCGCCGCCGCGGCUGACGACAGACCAGAGAUCAUCGAGAUCAUCGCCCCCGCCGCCAGUGCGCAGGAGACGCUGGCGACGCUGAACCUCGGCGCGCCCGGCUCCGAGCUCAGCGAGAGAAACAAGAGGACCAUCGGUAUCCUGCGCCAGCUGUUCCCCUCUCUAACGCAGAUAAUCGAACAGAAAGUACAGCAACUAACGAGUAUGGUGCUGCAAACAUUCGGGCCCGUGGUACUGCGCCUGUUCCUCGGCAACCGGAACGGCGGCGGCAACACCGGCGGCGGCACCGUCGAACUAGACGAUGACGACGACGACGACGAUGACGAUGACGACGAGCCCGCCAGCAGCACCAGCACCGCCAGCCCGAGCAGCACGAGCGCGCCCCUCACCAGCGCGCCCAGCACGCGCCGACGACGCGCGCUGUUCUUCCUGCCGAAUGCGCUCGCUGAGGAGAACCAGCUCCUGUCCGGCGCCGAGUCGCAGCAAGCCGAGGUGCGCGUCGCAUUCGGCGACGGUCAGGCAGACCAGCAAGUCGCCGCCAGCGACGACCAGCAGACCGCUGCGCAGACCAACGCGGCCAGCAUCGACGAGAUCACACUCGACGACGCUGACAACAGCGAAGAAAACAGAAAUAAGAGGUUCCUGAGCUUCGGUGGUAGCGCGAGCGCCGGUGGCUCCGGGGGCGGCUCGGGCAACUUCCUCUUCGACAUCGUCAGGCUUGUGGCUGGCUCGUCCUCGGGCUCCUCUAGCGGCGACGCUGGCGCAUCUGCUGACGGAGACGACGCUGGCGCCGCCAAGGGCGACAACCUGACGGAAGGAGUGCCCGGCCCCAUCACGAGGCUGUUCAUCAUUGCCAACCGCGGUAUCGCAAACCUCAUUCAGGACCUGAUCCUCCGGAUCGCCCAGACCUCCGAGAGAAUAGUAAACUUCAAGGCGCGACUGAUCACCUCCAUCAUUUAA